AUGGAAUUUCUUACGGAUUCGUUUCCGAUAGACACCCAUAGCGAAACGUCUUCCCACAAUGAGACGCUUGAAUUUUUCGAGAAGGUCUAUAACGAACUUGAAGGCUCGAGCCGCCCAAAGAAGAAAAUGGUGGAUCGUGAUCGUAUACAUGCCAACGAAAGGUUAAUGAAGGAUUAUUUUGUGGAGAAUCCGGUCUACAAUGCCGAAAUGUUUAGAGAUCAGUUUCGUUUACCAAAAGAUUUAUUUUUAAAGAUUGUUGGAGACAUCGAAGUAAGCAAAGAAUGGUUUCAAGAACGUAAAGAAGAUGGACGUGCAAUAUCUCCAGAUUUGGUGUCGGGUCCUCCUACAUAA